CGAUGGGAAACACAGACAGCCACAGCAGCUUCGUCCUUCCAGCCAAGUCCUCCUGCUCGCUCAGGUUCCCCUCCAGGAAGGAGGAGGCGGCGUCAGCCCGCAGCUGGUGGAGGAGCAGCCAGGGGGGCUGCAGGAGUCGGGGGAGGGGCCACCUCGGUCAGCACACCGCUGGGCCACCGUACACCUCCUGGCACUAUGAACACGCAACCAGAGGAGGUUCUCCGCAGAGGUACAUCAGAGGCGGGGGGAGGAUCGGUAGCGAGCGGACAUCAGUUUGCGUGUCUUCGGAGAGCGACGGAAGCCCGAAAGUGGUGCUCAGCAAAGAUGGCAGCAUGAGGGUGGAGUUCACCAACACCAGGGUGGUUCCGGUGGAGCCACAGGUGCUGCCCGUCCUCCCCGCCAUCACCACCACCGCAGCCUCCACCCCAGUCGCCGAGCCCUCCCUCCGCACCAGUAAAGGUAGCUCGCUCAGCUCCGAGGGCUCCUGGUACGACUCGCCGUGGGGGAACGGCGGCGAGCUGCUGUCCGACAACGUGUUCACCUGCAGGCAGAGUGUGGAUAACAGCAGCGGCUACACCACCUACUCCUCCACCCGGACGGAGGAGACCGGCGCCAGCAGCGGUUAUAACACCUUCUUCUCUGCGCAGGUGGAGGAUAUUUCACCUGGAUUCAACUCUAACCUCCUCUUCCCAGCUGCGGAGACCACCGAGUUCACGGCCGCCGCGGGUUAUAACACCUGCUCCUCUGGGAGAACAGAGGACAGCGGCAUCGGGGACUCGGUGAUCCUCCAGCCUGACCUGAGAGACUUCAGCCUGGCUUCACCUUCUUCCUCUGCGUCACUGGAUAACGUUUACACGCUGCCCGCCUUCCCCACGGAACCAGACGUUUCCCUGCAGCACAGGUUCGUCUCCACUUCCUCGGCGCUACUUGAUGAUGUCAUUCACGAAGAGGAGGGGUCAAUAGGAGGCGUGGAGCAGCGAUACUCCUCCCACACGCUGCCCUGCCGACGGGCGGAGUCUGCCAGCUCCGCCGCCGCCACGCCCGGGAGCCGCAAAGACUUCCUGAAGAGCCGAAUUAGACGGCUGAGCGACUGGACCGGAAGUCUGAGCCGGAAGAAGAGAAGAAUCCAGGAGCCAUAUGGCAGUGAAGUCAAUGAUGUCUUUAUCAAUGGAGUGGACUCUGCCACACUAUGGUCCCCCAACCCUCUCCACAUCCUCAACCUGAACCAGAACCAGAUCCCACCGGUCUACUGCGGUUCCUCCAGGAGUCUGAACCAGAACCAAUGCAGCGACGCCCAGCGGCAGAACGUCUACGAGAACUUCAUGCAGGAGCUGGAGACGGGCUGCAGCCGGACCGAACCGUCGGAGGAGGACGGAGAGGAGGAGGAGAACGAUGUGGAGGAAGAAGAGGGGGAGGACGAGAUGGACGGGGAGGUGGACGUGGGAGGAGGGGAGCAGCUGGAUGUCCUGUUGGAGAAGGAGCAGGGUGUGGUGCGACGGGCCGGCUGGCUCUCCUUUAAAGCUCUCAUCACCGUCAGCAAGGACAGGAAGCUGGAGCUGGUGGCCCGACGCAAGUGGAGGCACUACUGGGUCACACUGAAAGGUUGCUCUCUGCUGUUCUACGAGACGUACGGGAAGAGUGGCAGCGCUGAGCAGGAGCUUUCUCCUCGCUACGCUCUCCUGGCCGACGACAGCAUCGUCCAGGCCGUCCCCGAACACCCAAAAAAGGAGCACGUCUUCUGCCUGAGCAACUCAUACGGAGACGUCUACUUGUUCCAGGCCACAAGCCAGACAGAUUUGGAGAACUGGGUGACGGCGAUCCACUCGGCGAGCGCCUCGCUGCUGGCCAGGCGUCAGGGGAAGGAGGACACGCUGCGUCUCCUGCGCUGCCAGAGCCGCUCGCUGCUGCACAAGAUCGACAUGGACGGGAAGAUGAAGAAGAUGGCCGAGCUGCAGCUGUCCGUCAUCAAGGAGCAGAAGAACAGGAAGGCGGUGGAGAGUCAGAUCCAGCAGUGGGAGCAGAACCUGGAGAAACUGAAUCUGGAUCUGUUCCGGUUGAAGUGUUACCUGUCGAGCCUGCAGGGCAGCGAGCUCCCGAACCCGAAGAGCCUCCUCGCCGUGGCCAGCCGGCCCUCUAAGAGCAUGCUGGGACGGCUGGGAGUCUUCUCGGUGUCUUCGUUCCACGCUCUGGUUUGUAGUCGAGACGAGGCGACCCUACGGCGGCGGCGUCUCUCAGGUGGAAACCAGAGGAGACGAGGGUUGCCGUCCUCUCUGAAGUCUCUGGAUGGACUGAACAGAAGCUGCAGGGACGGCACACACUCUGCAUCUCAGGAUUUCAAGACUCAAACCGUCACUUCGUCUGCUGUCUGCAGCUCUGAGAGACUCGACUGUGUGUCCAAACAGAGAGAGGUGGCGCCCCCUGCAGGCCGUCCAGCAGCUCUGCAGGUGUGUGAUGAGCAGCAGCUUUCAGCCGGCUGUCUCUUCACUCUGAACGUCUGUCGGCCCGACGCUGCGAAAGACUUUGGGUUUGCAGUGACAGGUCAUGUGGACGGAGCGGGGAAGAGUCACAUCUACGUCAGUGAGGUCGACCCGCUGGGACUGUCUGUCAGAGAAGGCCUCAGGGCAGGAGACGAGAUCCUGGCUGUGAACGGAGCCCCCGUAUCCGGACUGGACUUGGAUCUGAUGCAGAGUCUCUUCAGCCACCAGAAGCUCCAGAUGCUGCUCAGGAGAGACGAAUCACAUGACCAGGAAGAACACGCUGACCUUGUUGACUCCUGUCAGCCUCCUCCUCCUCCUCCGGGCCUCCAGGUCUGGACCACAGCUUCUUCGUCUCCAGAUGACGGCGUCCUGCCUCCUGUUUUUGACGACGCUUCGACGGGGACGUCUGAGAACACCGAUCCGUCAGGACAGAACAUGGAGCGCAUGUACUCGCUGUACCAAACCUUCUCAGAAGGCCAAACGGCAGAAUCCGACGUUCCCAGGAACCCGUACGGCAGAGAGGCGGUGCUGCAGCCAUCAAGCCCCGCUCACCUGAGUGUGUGUCAGCGUCUACGUAAAGUCAUCGAGGAGCUGGUGGAUACGGAGAAAUCCUACGUAAAGGAUCUGGUCUGUCUGUUUGACAUCUACCUGACGCCGCUGCAGACGGAGACCUUCCUCAGUAAAGACGAGAUGGAGGCGUUGUUCGGCAGUCUGCCGGAGAUGUUGGACUUCCAGAGAGUUUUCCUCCAAACGCUGGAGGAGAGAAUCGCUUCCUGUCCGAACUUCAGCAGCCUGGAUACGCCUGAACAGUUCAAGAAACUCCUCUUCUCGUUGGGAGGAUCUUUUCUCUACUACGCCGACCACUUCAAGCUCUACAGCGGCUUCUGUGCCAACCACAUCAAAGUGCAGAAAGUUCUGGAGAGAGCGAAGACGGACGCAGCUUUCAAACAGUUCCUGGAGGCCAGAAAUCCGACCAAUCAGCACUCGUGUACAUUGGAGUCGUACCUGAUCAAACCUGUCCAGAGAGUCCUGAAGUACCCGCUGCUGCUCAGAGAGCUGGUGUCCCUGACCGACCCCGAGAGCCCCGAACACACACACCUAACAGAGGCGCUGAGAGCGAUGGAGAAGGUGGCGAGUCACAUCAACGAGAUGCAGAAAAUCUACGAGGAUUACGGCUCCGUGUUCGACCAGCUGGCCGCAGAGCAGAGUGGACCUGACAAACAGGUGACAGAGAUCUCGAUGGGGGAGUUCCUGGCCCAUUCGUCGGUGGUCUGGUUGAACCCGCUGCCGUGUCUGGGUCGACUGAGGAAAGAACCGGAGCUCACGUUGUUCGUGUUCAAGAGAGCCGUCAUCCUCGUUUAUCGAGAGAACAGCAAACUGAAGAAGAGGAUGACCGGUUCCCGCUCAGCUGAUCUGGACCCCUUCAGGUUCCGCUGGUUAAUCCCAGUGUCAGCGGUGCAGGUCAGACCGGCCAACAUCACAGGCUCGGAGCAGCCGUGUGUGUGGGAGCUGGUUCACUGCAGGUCAGAGGUGGAGGGACGGCCAGAGACGGUGUUCCAGCUGUGCAGCAGUGGUUUGGAGACGAAAGCCGGCGUCCUGCGAGUCCUGCGCUCCCUCCUCAGAGACCGAGCACCCACCGGCUCCUUGAGGAGGACCAAACUGUCCACAGCAGAGAGAGGCGGUUCCUGGAGGAGGAGGCAGCAGCGCAUUCGCUCCGACACCCAAAGGACUCCUCAUCACCAACCGGACGAGACCAGCAGGUUGAUCGUGGGAGACACCUGCUCGGAGCCGCUGUUGCCCAGCCACGCCGCAUCCUCCGCGGGGAAGAGGAGCCGACUCUGCUCCCUGACCAGUGACCUGGAGGCUCAGCUGCAGCGGCUGAACUUCAGCGAGGAAGAUGCAGAGCAGAGAGACGACGAGAAGAGACGGGGCUCCAGGAGAGAUCAGCUGGACGUCAGCAGCAUGCUGGAAAGAGACUUCAGUGUUCAGAGCAUGACGUCGAUUAUCAACGAAGACUGUUUCUAUGACGCCAUGCUGGGAAUCCAAAAGACUGCUGUUCCUUCAAUACAGGGCUAAAGCUUACAUAUAAAAGAUUUUCUGCACGCUUUAAAGGACCAGUGUGUUAGAUUGAGUGGCAUCUAUUGGCAGAUAUGGAAUUUAAUAGUCAUAAGUGUGGUUUUAUUAGUUUAUAAUCACCCUGAAAAUAAGAAUUGUUGUGUUUUUGUUAUCUUAGAAUGAGCCCUUUAUAUCUACGUAGAAAGCGGGUCCUCUACCACAGAGCCCGUCAUUUCUACAGUAGCCCAGAAAGGACAAACCAAACCCUGGUUCUGGACUAAUGCAGCCACCGUAGGUCCUUAUACAUGCUUGAAGGGGAAGGGGGAGGGAUUCAUUAUUGGCUGAAAUAUACAACCUCACCACUAGAUGUCACUAAAUCUUACACACUGGACUUUUUAAGUGUGUGAAGACAUCACACUGAGCAAAAAAAUCCACUCUGGUAGACAAACCUAUCCGCACAAUAAUUUGGGAUGACAAGAUCCUGAGGUCACUUCCAGCUGCUUCACAGUCUUUUCAUUUUAAUUUCUGCUUUUGCAACUCAUUCUCCAGUGUCUCAAGCAUCUCACAUUCAUAAAGUUAGGGAACUCACAAGAAGAAAAUACAAUAAAAACAGAAUGGUAAAUGUUUGUGCUAUCUAUUAACACUGGAUCCUACAUUUCCCACAAUGCAGCUGUCUGGUAAACAGCCACAUCUCUCACACUUCACACCUCCAGUUUGUAAAAACACGUUUUUAAGAUUUAACAGAUUUUUUUUUUUUUACCUCAAGGGUUGGCUAUAAAAAGUUGUAGAAGAAAAGAGUAAAAAAAAUGUAAUAUUUUGAGGAGAAAGUUGUGAUGUUAUGAUAAAAAAAUUAUAAUUUUACAAGGAAGAAGAUGGUAUUUACAGAAACGUAUUGCUGCCAUGUCAGAAAAAGAAAAAAGCAUCAGUAUCUGAAACACAUUACGCUCUCUAUCUGAUGCGAUUCAGCUGUUUUGAAAUGUAUAUUUACUUAUCCUACAAGUAAAAUCUUUUUUUAUAAUAACAUCACAACUUUUUCUCAGAAUAUUUCAACUUUAUACUUGAAAUGUUUUUCUUUUCUUCACAGUUGUCUAAAAUUUAGGCAACUGUGCCAAAAACAGCUCAUCAACACUGAGGAGUCACAUACAUAUUAUUUUGUGUUUUAGAUAAACCUCAAACCUGCAAAACAUGUUCAGGAAGGAUGUAUUUUUUUAUCGUUUUUAAAAAUGUUCUCAUUUGUUUUUCAUAUUUU